AGACCUAAAAUACGUUAACGUUGGCAGCAGGGACGUUGACGUAAUGUCGUAAGGUGGGGGUGGUCCUAGGGGCGUGUCACGUAAAGAGGCGCGGCGUGAGGCACGCAUUGGCCGUCGCUGGAAAGUGGGAGAUGAUUGCAAUGAAAGGGAAGAGCGAUUGAACCAACAGUUACGCGCGCACGCGGCUAUUUGGGACGUGUUCUGUGACGCGAACGCGUGCGCGGUGGAGUUGAGCGGGCACGAGGUGACGCAUUUGCGUCCUCCGGGGAUCGGAGAACUGGGCUCAGCGCGAGCGCGCAGAAUGCAGAGGCGCAUGCGUGUGUUCAGGUGACGGAGGUGGCCUGGGUUUGCAGUGGUGCGCAUGUUGCCUUUCCCCGUCCUCAUUUCCGGUGUCUCGUGCGCACGCUUUCAGCGGUCAGCCCGAGCGCCGUUAACGUUCGCGUGGCGGCAUCGACAUCUUGUGGUCGUUGCUAUCGCUUCAACACCAGCCGCCCGGCUGUGCUUCUUUCGGUCUGCGGAGGGGUGGGGGAAAUGGAUUGAAGGACACCUGUCAUAAGUGUAGGGGAGAGAAGGAAAGUGCGGUGGUGGUGAUCGUGAUCGUGGUCAUGUUAAUGUCCGAUCCCGUGGAAGUGCCGGCUCCCGGCGGCGGCCAGGCCCAGCCUGUCAGCGAGGGAGAUCAUGUGGUGCUGAAAAGAGAAGAGGUGUUUAAAGCCGUGCAAGUGCACAGAGGAAGAAAAGUCACCUUUGAGAAACAGUGGUUUUACUUGGACAAUGCAAUUGGCCAGCAGUAUGGAACCACUUUUGAGGUUUCCAGUGGAGGAGUACUCCAGCCACUUAAAGUAAAAACUAAAGAAGUUGCCAAAGCAAAUGAAGCUGGUAUUGAUAACCGAAACAUAAUUGAUGAUGGCAAGUCCCAAAAGCUCAGCAGAGAUGAUAUUGAGGCACUUAAAGAGCAAGGAUUAAAAGGUCAGGAUAUUGUCCAACAUUUGAUAGAGAAUAGCACAACAUUUAGAGACAAAACUGGAUUUGCUCAAGAAAAGUACAUCAAGAAGAAAAAGAAAAAGUACGAAGCAUUUAUAACUAUCCUAAAGCCUACCACUCGCAUAAUGGCUAUGAUGUAUCAUUCCCGUGAGCCAGGUAAAAUUUGCUAUUUAAGGUAUGACACGCUGGCUCAGAUGUUAACUCUUGGGAACAUCCAUGCAGGCUCCAAAGUAAUUGUAGCAGAAACCUGUGCUGGUCUGGUGCUUGGUGCUGUAAUGGAGAGAUUAGGAGGUUUUGGCUCCAUUAUCCACGUGUAUCCAGGUAGCUUGCCGGUCAGGUCAGCAAUGGAGAAUUUUGGCUUUCCAAGAUCCUUCUAUAACCAUCUAUUUGAUUUUCCUAUCAACAAAUUGAACAGUCUUCUUUCUGGAAGUUUUUCAGCUGAGAAGGAAACACUACAAAAACAAACUGAAGUUAUGAUGGAAGAAGAUAGUGGGAGCCCACUGAACACCCACCAGGGUGAUGGGAUGCCUUGUGGUGAGACCAUGAUGGAUAACAACCAAUCUGAGGAAACUAAGCCCAUGGAUGUUGCUUGUGAGGAGGCUGAAAAUAAAGAAAAAAAUCCAGACAGAAAGUUCAAUGUUGAAGAGAGGAGGAGUAAGCAAGAAGAUCGGCUGAAGAAAUUACAGACUGCUGCAGCUGUGCUUCAGGAGAGAAAUGCGGAUGGGUUAAUUAUUGCAAGUCGCCUGUACCCCAGCCCCUUAUUACUUUGUCUUUUGGAAUUUGUGGCACCAUCUAGACCGUUUGUCAUCUACUGCCAGUACAAAGAGCCUUUGCUUGUGUGCUAUUCAAAUCUACGAGAAAGGGGCGGCGUUGUCAACCUGAGGUUAUCUGAAACAUGGCUGAGAGGCUACCAGGUUUUGCCAAACCGGACUCAUCCCAAGCUGACAAUGAGUGGAAGUGGUGGCUACAUCCUGACCGGUAUUACUGUUGCUAUGGACAGAACGAAAUCAGUAGACAAUAUUUCUAAUUCUCAGAGAGCUGAAGAACGUCCGGCCAAAAGACAAAAAAUUGAGGAAUCCAGAAGUUAGCCUUCCUCCAAGUACUGUAGCUAAUCCUGAAACUGAUAUUGGAGCUGAUUGUGGAGCUCAUUGUAAAACUCAAACUGCAAGUUUCUACAGACUGCUAUAUGUUUAUUUUCUUAUAAAUGGUAUUUGUGCCAUUUGAAAUUUUCUGCUAUGAUGUGGAGCAUCAGCAAAAGUGAGUUUGCAUCUGUGAUGUAGGUGCUCUCAAUGCAAAGACAAGUAUUGCUAUGUACCAGUGUACAAUGUUUCUUUAUAUCCACAAUCCUGCAAAAAGUAAAAGAAAUGAAAUGAAGUGUCUUUUUGAAAAAUGUGCGCAUGCUGCAAUUACAUACAAGAAAAGUUUAGUUUGAAAGUUGUAAAACUCUCCCUGAAUAUUUGUUCCAGGCAACCUCCGAGUUGUCGAGGGACUCUAACUUUACAAAACCAAGGUCCUAAUUAAUUAGGAAUUGCGACCAGCUGUAAAAUACAUUGACUUUUUUCCACAGUUUCAUUCAUAUCAAGUUAUGGAAACUAACUUCAUGCACUGAAGUAUUUUUCUUGAUGGAUUUAGCUAUUUUAAAUUGAUUUUAUUUAUAAUUUGUACAGUAGUUUUCAUAUGCUAGUUUAUCUGUAGUGAAAGUGUCAUCACUGGAAUCAACUAUCAAAAAUUGAGUUGUCUCAGAUAAAUCCAUUUAAUCAAGCUUAUUUUAAACUUAAUUACCUUUCUAAAUAAUUAUUUAGUCUAACAUAGUCCUGUUUUCAUGAACUGCAUGUAUGGAAGAUUUGAUUCAGUGUUCAAAAACAUUUUCUGUCCCUAGUUACAUGCUUCUUGCACUAAAAUUUGAAAGUUCAAAUAUGGUAUACAUUCAAUUUCUACAGUGUUUAAAAAGUUCACUUUUGAUCAGAAUUUUGCAUGUAUUGAAAACCUGCUUGGAUCGCAAAGACUUGACAGGCUGUCAAACUGUUACAGUACUGCUUAUGUAUUUUAAAUAUUCUUCAAUUCAAACGGCCUUGUCUUAAAUUUGCCAUGGAAAAAUAUAAACAAAACAGUUUAGUUUUC